AUGUUUGGAGGUGGAGGAGAAGCAAAGUGGUGCAAGAAGUGUAGGAAGAAGCACUCUGUGAAAUGUGGCAAGGAGUUGACUUUUUUUAUGUGCGAAAAGAUGGUUCACUACACCAAUGAGUGUACAUUGAACAAGAAGGUGUGUUAUGGAUGUAAUGAAGAAAGGCAUAUAGCAAAGGACUACCCGAAGAAGAAGGUAGUUGCAAAGCCUAAUGUGUUGCUUAGGCCAAAGGCGAGAGCAUUCCAAAUGACUCUAGAAGCAGCAAUGGAGGAAGCAGAUGUCGCUUCUGGUAGCUUUAUAGUAAAUGAUUUGCCUGCCAAUAUAUUGUUUGAUUAUAGGGCUAAUUACUCCUUUAUAUCUCAUAAAUUUGGUAGAAGAGUAGUAUUUCAUGUGGGUAAAUUAGAUAGUACUCUAGUAAUAGAUGUUGCUAGUGAAAAAUUCAUACAAGUUAGUGAUUGUAUUAAGAACAUUGUCAUUGACUUAAAUGGGAAUAAAUUCCACGAGGAAUUGUUGCCCAUUGAGUUAAAUGACAUCGACAUAGUGAUAGGAAUGGUUUGGCUUAGUACGAAUGACGUUGACAUUAAAUGUAUAAAGAAGAUUGUAGUUAUCAAUCAACUUGGAAGAGAACCAUUUAUGGUAUACGGGUGA